AUGGUGCUCCGAAAGUUCGAGCUUGAGGCUAAGCUCAAAGACGACAACCAGCUUAUUCAGACUGGAGUCUUGCGAAAUGAGCACCCCUUCGACACAUCGCCAGAAUUCCACGAUUUUUUGAUGGCAUGUCGCCGCGGUGAUUUGAAGCGGUGUCAGGAACUGAUCUCUGAGGGCGUUAACAUCAACGGCAAAGACGCUUACGAUUAUACCCCGCUCAUCAUUGUAAGUCAUCAUUCUUUCUUCCUUGGGGCCCUGGCCGACCCAGACUCGUUUGAGAGAGAAAGAGCUGUAUACAACGCCUUGAACAACAAGAUUCGGAAUUUGCUGCUUUCAUAUGAUUACACCAAGACAGCGGAUCCGUUGCAGUACUGGUCGACCCAUAUCACAUCUCUGCUGUCUCGUGAGAUUCCACCAACAUCAGACAUUACCCUGUCAGCACCCAACGAGGACUUUCACCUGCACAAGUUCAUCCUGUCAGCGAGGUCACCAUAUUUCAAGAGAAAGUUUGCGGAAGCGCCCGACACUACCACCUGGAAACUGUCUCACAACGUUCCUGUUGAGGCCUUCCGGAUAGUCCUUCGCUAUCUUUACUUGGGUGACCUCCCCCGAGAUUUCGUCACCCCACGAAGCACCGUCACUGAGGAAGAGGUCUUCAAAGGCAUCGACAAGCUCUGCAAGCAACUGGAAAUCGACAAGCUCUGGGAAGCCGUCCUCUCCAAUGACCGCCGACUAGCCCGCCAACGCCAGCAAGACGAAGUCGCCCGCGCACAAGAUCAGAUCUCGGCCUUCUUCCGGGACACAGUUCUAAAACACAAAAUCGAAGUAGACACUCGCAAAGCCGGCCAGGUAAAAUGGCCCCAGCACAACGCCAUCUUUGCCAAUGUAUUCCUUCAAGCCGAUGAGGAGCUCCCAGAGGAUGACACCCCAGAAGAAGAAGAAGAAGAUGAUGAUGAUGAUGAAUCUCACCCCCCAACUCCAAACGGAGGCGGCAUCCCCAUCGGCCCAGCCGGCUCUUCCAAACCAUCCACCAAAACCCCAAAGAAACCCCGGCGCUCAACCCUCUACCCAGUCCACAAACCCUUCCUGAUCCGCUCCCCCUACUUCGCAACAAUGUUCGCCUCCCCCUUUCUGGAGUCUCAACCCUCCUCCCACCUCCACAUCAUCCACAUCGACUGCACCCCCCCAGUCCUAGAAGUAAUCCUCUCCUACCUCUACACCGAAGUCUCCACCUGCCCCCUCGAGCAUGCCCUCGAUCUCCUUUACGCCUCCGACAUGCUUCUGCUCGACGCACUCAAGUCAAAGGCCGCGGUCACGAUUUCAACCCUCGGAUCAGGCAACACCAACGCUUUGGUCGACCGCACGCACCACCACGAUGAUGGAUCGACAACAAAGGAAAAGGUAGAGCAGGAACCGAUCAACGUCUAUGAUGUCAUCCACGCGGCGUGGGACUUGUCAGUUCAGCGGCUGGAGGAGUUUUGCGCGAGGUAUCUGGCGAGCAGGCUUGAG